AUGGCUCUUGAAACUAUUAGCCAAAUACCAUCAGAUGCUUUACAACUAUACACAGAUGGCAGCAAGAGCGACGAAGGUCAUUCAGGUAGUGGGGUUUUUAUUAAAACACCCACGUACACAUUGAGUCUCAAAUUUAGAAAUUCAGAAUUUUGCUCAGUUUUCAGAUCUGAGCUUAUUGCGAUUGAAAAUGGCCUAAGACAUGUUGAGAGUAUUGCUGAGCCUGACUUUAAACAUAUUUGGAUACUGACAGAUAGCAAAUCUUCAAUCCAACACCUUAGCAAUUGGAUGAAUGUUGGAGACAUGGCUGCGGCUUCAAUUUUGGGGGUGCUCUUCAGGCUCUCUGCGGACUUUGGAGUACACUUCCAAUGGAUUCCAUCACACGUUGGAAUCAAAGGUAACGAGAUGGCGGACUCACUGGUUAAAGAUGCUUCUUUGGAACCUUUACAGCCGGAUCUACCUUCCACUUUCAACGAGGUCUUUGCAGAGUGCAAAAAAAUGUUUAUGGACCUCUGGAGGGUUCCUCCUCCGCAUAGUUGA